AUGAACUUGGACGAUCAGAUAGCGUCGAAAAAACGCGAAUUGAAUGCGGUGCGAACUAUUAGAGCGCUAACCACGGACAUGAGACGUCAGCUCGACGAAUUGGCAAUUCAAGUCCGUGAAAUGAAGGAUAACGCAGAUAGAGUAGCACAGGUGAUGAGCAAUUGGGACUCGAUAGUGCGAUCGAUUUCGCAAGCGAGUUUGAGUUUAUUGCAGUAUGCCGAGGGAGAUUACGAAGUAGGUACAUGGAAUAACGGACCAGAAGACUUGGACAAAGAGCCGCCUCUGCCUGAGACAUUAGUGAGAGUCAAAGUUGACGGUGAACAAGAGGCGAACGUGGCACAAGGGGGUAACGGGUAG